AUGAUGUUUUAUGUGGGAACGAAGCUAUUUUAUACCUGCCUUCUUCUGAGCAUUAUAACCCAAGUCAGUGGAUUCCCUGAUGGCACAGGUAUCCUGCAGUCUUGCUCAUCUCUGGUACCAUCCCAUGGAGCCCCGUCACAAAGUACACCAUCGCCAUAUAAGAUAACUUUCAGUUCUGAGCCUUACAGGCCUGGCAGUCCUGUGUCUGUUACAAUUAGUACGUGCACAGGACCUGGGUUUAAAGGGUUCCUGAUUCAGGCCAGACGUGCAGACAGAAGCCAAAAUCAGCAGGAGUAUCUAGGAAGUUUUGGCAACAGUUCAAACACACGACAGACAUGUAAUGGGAAUCGAGCGCUGGCACACACAGAGAACAGUGCCAAACUCGCUCUUACAUUUCCCUGGCAUCCACCUUCUCCACCACAAGGACAUAUUGUUUUCAGAGCAACAUUUGUGAGGGACCACGCAACUUACUGGACAGAUGUGAUAUCAGAUGUUCUGCGUGAUGCCAGUAUAUUGACACCAGCUUCCAACACAUUCCCUCCAACAGCGCUGGAUGCUAGUUGUUCAGUCAACAUACAAACCACUAAUGGCAAUGGGGAAGUUAAUGGUAUCCACAAGGAUUCUGCUUGUGGUGUUACUCAAGGUUGCUUUUCCAAUUGCAAAAACUCUGUAUGCAGUUUUAUUGUUUCCUGGCAUGAAGAAGGGGACUAUGGCUUGUAUACUAUUAGCGCUGAUACAGCUUUCAGUACCACUGCUUAUAUUGUCCUGGGCUUCUCAACUGAUGAUCAGAUGGGAUACGACAGUCUCACAGGCUGUGCCUCAAGAAGUAACGGGUCAGUGGUGUUAUUUAAUGGUCAGAACACAGAUAAAGUGUUGCCGGUCUUGUUUACAGAUAAUAAUGUCACACUUGAGAAUUAUACAACUUCAGAUGGUGUCUUAUCCUGCACAUUUAAGCGCCCAACAGCGGCAUCCCCCGAUGGGAGGCGGGUUGACAUCUCUAAACCCUGGGUACUGCUCUUUGCUCUGGGCCUGGCCAGUGUUUUACCAAACAAUGACGUCAGCUUACAGUACCAUGGCCGCACUAACCGGUUUGCUUCUCCUGCUGCGUACAAAGUGAAUGAUGUUGUAGAUUCUCAGGCUGCAAAUAUCAAGUCUCGCCUUAUCAUUGCUCAUGGUAGUCUAAUGGUUGGUGCCUGGAUAUUCCUUGCUAGUAUUGGAAUAGUGGUAGCCAGGUACUACAAACCUGUAUGGAAAAAUUUGAUUUUGUCACAGAAGGUUUGGUUUCAGAUUCACCGAAUAUGCAUGAUUCUGGUGACUGUUUGCACCGUGGCCGGUUUUAUCAUCAUAUUUGUUAGUGUUAAAGGUUGGAGUGAGCUUAGUGGAUCUGAGGAGUAUCUUAAAGCUCAUCCAAUUAUGGGGAUUGUAGUGACAGCAUUAACACUCAUUAAUCCUGUAAUGGCGAUAUUUCGCCCCCACCCUGAAACACCAAAACGUCCUAUUUUUAAUUGGGCUCACUGGUUUGUUGGUAUGGCAGCUCACAUCUUGGCAGUGAUUACCAUCUUCUUUGGAGUUCAGUUAGACAGCACUGGAGUACCGUAUUAUGUAACUUACAUCUUAGCUGCAUACGUUGCUUGGCAAAUAUUUGUGAUGCUACUGUUGGAAAUCAUAACAUGUUAUGGACAUCGGAGUG